GACUGCAUAGGUCAUAUUUCCUUCCAUUAGUCAGUUUGGACUUGUAGACACCACUGACUGAAAAAGUGUCCUCCCACUGUCAACACUCUUGAAUUUUAUUUUAUUUUUUACCUUAAAUACAGGAGGAAUCUGGAUAAGUGCACUUAGGAUGUGUUAGCAACAUGUGCAGAUGUAGGGAAAUAAUUACAGUAAAAGAAAUGUAGAGCAUGCCGCCCUGUUACCGUAAGAAACCAAGAGCAUUCGCCAAUAAGAAAACCCCAUGCAAAUGUUCCUUUGAACGUAUUUUAGAGCUCAUGUGUAGAAAUGAAAAUUCCUGUAAAGCAGAUGCAAAAGCAGACUGAAUAUUAUCUCUCUUCACAUGCUGUAAAAAACGCAUCCAGUUCCAGCCACAGUGAAGGUGAUGGGCUGAAGAUCUGAGAACACUGAAAGCGCUGCUCUCUCCUGACUCCAAAACGCUCAAUAGCCCAAUCCUGAGCAUCUAUGGAUGAUCUGCAUGGCGACUUGUGUGCGGAGGUAUGUGGCUAUCCAGUAAGCAUCUUCAUCAUCGUCAUCAAUGAAUUCUGUGAAAGGUUCUCCUACUAUGGAAUGCGAGCCGUGCUGGUCCUGUAUUUCAAGUAUUUCCUUCGCUGGGACGACGACACUGCUACUGCCAUCUACCACAGCUUUGUUGCCGUCUGCUACUUGACUCCUAUCUUUGGGGCGAUAAUUGCAGACUCAUGGCUGGGCAAAUUUAAAACCAUCUUUUCCCUGUCAGUAGUCUACACAAUUGGACAAGCUGUAAUGGCAGUGAGCUCCAUCCAUGAUUUGACCGAUAGCAAUAAAGAUGGAACCCCUGACAGCUUGACAAUCCAUGUAGCUCUGUCCAUGAUUGGCUUGCUUCUCAUUGCGAUUGGCACUGGAGGAAUCAAACCUUGUGUUUCUGCAUUUGGGGGAGACCAGUUUGAAGAUCACCAGGAAAAGCAGAGGAGCAGAUUCUUUUCCAUCUUUUACUUGUCCAUCAAUGCUGGCAGUCUUCUGUCCACUGUGAUCACGCCAAUCCUGAGAGGUCAGGAGUGUGGCAUCAACACACAGCAAAAGUGCUACCCCUUAGCCUUUGGAGUUCCAGCUGCACUGAUGCUUGUUGCCUUACUUGUUUUCCUUGCUGGCAGCGGCCUGUACAAAAAGGUGUCCCCACAGGGUAACGUAAUGCUUAAAGUCACCAAAUGUAUCGGGUUUGCCCUGAAGAACAGAUGGAGGCACCGGAGCAAGCAGUUCCCUAAAAGAGAGCACUGGAUGGACUGGGCAGAUGAAAAGUAUGAUAAACGCCUAAUUUCUCAGAUCAAAAUGGUGCUGAAGGUUUUAUUCCUGUACAUUCCUCUUCCUAUGUUCUGGGCUCUUUUUGAUCAACAGGGCUCAAGAUGGACAUUACAAGCUACUACCAUGGAUGGCAAUUUUGGCCUCAUGACGAUUCAGCCAGACCAAAUGCAGACUGUAAAUCCAAUUCUCAUCAUUGUACUCGUUCCAGUUGUGGAUGGCCUUUUGUAUCCUCUGAUUGCCAAGUGCAAACUUAACUUCACGCCGUUGAAGAGAAUGACUGUUGGGAUGCUUCUAGCUGCUUCUGCUUUUGUGGUAGCUGCUGUAGUACAAAUUCAGAUCGAUGCAACACUUCCAAAUUUCCCUGAGCCUGGCCAAUCACAGCUUAAAUUCAUAAACCUUGGUAAUGAAGCUGUCACUGCAAAGUGGACGGACAAAAGCUUGACAUUAGACAAAUGGACGAACAGCCCAUACGAGGAUAGCAAGAGUGAACAAAUUCGGUUAAGUGUUCAAUAUGGACAAAAACCAAACAACUACAGUAUAGAUCUGCAGAGUGGCACUCGUCAGACAUUGUUACUGACCAAUUCUCCAGUUUCAAUCUAUAUGCUCAAAGACAUUGGGGAAAAGCCUGAGCAAGGAAGCAAUGCCAUUAGAUUUGUGAAUGGCUUCAAUCAACCUGUUAAAAUUAGUGUGGGUGGGACAGACUUGGGAAAUGUCAAUUUCCUCUCAUCUACAAACUACACUCUUGUAGGAGAAGGAACGAGCAACUUCAACUUUUCUUCGAAUGGAUUUUUUUGCAACAGUUCAAAAACUUUUGGAUUUGGCAGCUCUUACACCAUUGUCAUUAAAGAGAUGUGUACAGAAAAUACAAACUUGAAUCUGAUGUAUGUUGAAGAUAUUCAAGCCAACACCAUUCAUAUGGCCUGGCAAAUACCUCAGUAUUUCCUGAUGACCUCUGGUGAAGUCGUAUUUUCAGUGACUGGGCUGGAGUUUUCUUACUCUCAGGCACCUAGCAAUAUGAAAUCAGUUCUGCAGGCGGGCUGGCUCUUGACUGUAGCUGUUGGAAAUAUCAUUGUGCUGAUUGUGGCUGAAGCUGGAGAAUUCCCAAAGCAGUGGGCUGAGUACAUACUGUUUGCUGCCCUGCUGUUGGCCGUAUCUGUCCUGUUUGCAGUCAUGGCAUAUUUCUAUACUUAUGUGGAUCCAGUACAAAUUGAAGCCCAGUUUGACGACGAAGAACAAAAGAAGAACCACAUUUACGAGAAUGGGGUAAACGCCUGUGAAAUGGAAGAAGGCUUAAAGGCCCAUGAAGAUAAGCAGAAUGAUGUGAAACAGACAAAGAUAUAAGAUGUGUUCAUAUAUACCUUUUAUAUCAAUUACAAUUACAAAGUGAACUUGAUAAUGUGCAAGAGAAAUGAGCUUGCUAAACAUAAAUGACGUAAUAAAUUUACCAUGCGUAUAUUAAGUAACUGUACAGGUUUACUUACUCCCACUUUUGAGCUCUGCCAUCAGAUCUGAACAAUUGUCUUUUAUAAUAGUUGACUUAUUUUGCACCAUAAACCAUUGUGGGUAUUUCUCCUGAAAUUGUUGUAUGCAAUUUGUUGUAUACUAUAAUCAAAGCAAAAGUAAUUUAUAUUGCACUAAAAUACAAGAUUCUUAAUAUAUUGUAUAUUAACCUAAAUAUACUCAGGGGUGUUUUGCUGGCUCAUAGCAACACAAUUUAUUUUGUAAAUCAAGGUUUUAAAAAAUUAGUUGAUUUCUGUAUAUAUACAGCAUAUCAAUAGUCUC